UCGAUUUUUAGAACCGCCACCAAUUUUGGAAUAUUGCAAUAGUCAAUUCCAAUUUGACUAAAGUGAAAAGUAUCGUCGAAAUAGUUGUAGUCUUAUAAACAUCCAACAGCUGGAAUUGCUUUCGUCAUGGAUGUAUCAACGGAUAUAUUAUCAGCAUUAUCUUUGAUCAAUUCGGGUGACGUUACCGAAAAUGAUUUAUAUUUUAUAUUCGAUCAAUGUAAUCAAACAAUUCAAAAUAAUCAAUCUAACAUUUCAUCGUGUUCAGAAAUCAUUAGAGUGCUCAUAUUUGCUAUUAAUGCUUUGAUGCUUGAAGCUGUCAAAUGUCAAAUCAAUCAUGCUACUUUGAUUCGUUCACUACAAGAUAAUGGGCUUGAUUGUAGCACAAAUAAAUUUAAAUUAUUUGAAAAUUUUAUUGAAAAAUCCAUGAGAAAAUUAUAUCACAACAUUUCAAAUCUAGAAUUGGAACCAAAUAUUCGUUUCAAAGAUCUGGAAUGGUCACAGAUGUUGGAUUUAAAAAGUUCAAAUGGUGAAAAUAUUCGUAAAAAGAAUUACAUCAUCGAUAUAAUUGGUUCAAAACCUUCCAAAGAUGGCAAUAAUCAUUCGACAACCGAUUCUAUUUCAAUGAUAUUUUCCGAACAAGGAAUACAGGAUUUUUAUGUGACAAUACGUGAUUGUAUGAAAAAUGUUGAACAUUAUAUUUAAUUAAUUAAGAAUCAGAAUUCAAAUAAAAAUAAUUUGCUUUUU